CCUCCAUCCACCCUACCUCUCCUCCAUCUACUCUACCUCUCCUCCAUCUACUCUACCUCUACCUCUCCUCCAUCUACCCUACCUCUCCUCCAUCUACUCUACCUCUACCUCUCCUCCAUCUACUCUACCUCUCCUCCAUCCACCCUACCUCUCAAACCUAAACACGGGAAGAAGAAACCUGGAAGACCUCAUCUUACCUAUACAGACCUACUCAAGAAGGAUACGGGACUUGAACUGUCAGAGGUAAAAGCAGCCAUGCUGGACAGGAAUGUGUGGAAGGCCAUCACAGCUCGGGCAGUUGACCCGACUUAA